AUGGUGCGGACCAAAGCUGACUGCGUCCCUGGCUCUUACAGGAAAGUGGUGGCCUCCCGGGCCCCACGGAAGGUAUUUGGUUCCUCCGUGGUGGCCACCAACUCCAGGUCAUCUUCGUCUUCAUCAUCAAGGAAAGCUGAAAAUAAAUAUGCAGGAGGAAACCCUGUGUGUGUGCGCCCAACUCCCAAGUGGCAAAAAGGAAUUGGAGAAUUCUUCAGACAAUCCCCUAAAGAAUCUGAUAAAGAGAAUUGGAUUUCUGAAGAGGCAGGAAGCAGUGGCUUAGGAAAAGCAAAGAGAAAAGCACGUCCUUUGCAACCCUGAUCAUUCAAGUGACGAAAAAGAAUAGACUUUCUUAUUCAUCAUUGUCUAAUAUCUUCUGUUUUAUUCUGAUGAAUUCUGGACAUAAAUUUGUGUCAGUGCAUUUGUCCCAACC